GGAGUCUAGCUGAGAUUAAGUCAAAUCAAAUCAAGCUUCGAACGCUUCCAAAAUAAGGGAAGCUGCUUUGAAGACGACUUCAUCCGGCUUCCCACCGCAACUGACAGAGAAAAGUGAAACGGUUGUGGGCCUGCUAGAGAUCCCACGUUCUUCAGCUCUCAAGUCUCAACCUUCAACUGUAUAUAUACCGAACUCUCCUUGCUGAAGAAUCCAACGUCCCCACUCGGAGCCCUCAUUCGUCACCAAUCUCCACCUUUUUUACAGAGAAUGGCUGGGAUCAAACCUGGUGUGCUAGCUCUGUUUGAUGUGGAUGGCACCCUUACCGCCCCGCGAAAGGCAGCUACUCCUGAAAUGUUACAAUUCAUGCAGAAAUUGAGGAAGGUUGUGGCUGUUGGUGUUGUUGGGGGUUCUGAUCUCGUUAAGAUAUCAGAACAGCUUGGAAAGACAGUUAUAACUGAUUACGAUUAUGUUUUUUCCGAGAAUGGCCUGGUGGCUUAUAAGGGAGGAAAGCUGAUUGGAACACAGAGUUUGAAGUCAUUUCUUGGUGAAGAAAAGCUCAAGAAUGCGAUGCUGCAGGAGUUUAUUAACUUCACGCUCCAUUAUAUUGCUGACUUGGACAUCCCAAUAAAAAGGGGUACAUUCAUUGAGUUUCGAAGUGGUAUGCUUAAUGUGUCCCCAAUUGGGAGGAAUUGUAGUCAGGAAGAAAGAGAUGAGUUUGAAAAAUAUGACAAGGUUCACAAUAUACGUCCAAAGAUGGUCUCAGUGCUAAGGGAGAAAUUUGCACAUCUUAACCUUACCUUUUCAAUUGGAGGACAAAUUAGUUUUGAUGUUUUCCCUCAAGGAUGGGAUAAGACAUAUUGUUUGAGAUACGUUGAUGAGUUUCCGGAGAUUCACUUCUUUGGUGACAAGACAUACAAGGGCGGAAAUGAUUCCGAGAUCUAUGAAUCUGAGAGAACCGUGGGACACACAGUUACUAGCCCGGAUGAUACAGUAAAGCUGUGUUCAAGUCUUUUCCUGGGCUAGGAGGUUGCAGAUUCUUGACCAUGUUGCAUACACUUGGCUUUUCAGUUGUUUCUAAUCAUUUAUAAAGUGGUCUUAAGUUGUGAAACUUUCCAUCUACCCUGUAUUACCAUUCUUAUGUAUGUUCAAGUUGUAAAAUUUUGCCUUGUAAUCUGUGGAUUUAGUAAAAAUUCCUUUCAAACAAUAACCUUUUGCUAAACAGUAUUUAUUCUGUGCUAUGUAAUGAAGAAUAAGAGGAAAAAAGACCAAGGCCUUUUUCUAGCACAGUCUGGUACAGAUUGCUAAUGCAAAAUCUUUGGAGUGUAUGAUCUGCCAUAUCUAAUGUAUUUAUAUGAAUUUCCACCAGGCUGA